AUGGCUUCCAAGAAAGCGUCCACCUAUGGUGAACAUUUCAGGCCAGAAAAAUUAAAAGAAUGGCCAGAGCGAUCCGUUGCUUUAAUGGAGGUGUUAGCUAGAGAAGACAUUGAUGAGGCUGUACAUGCAGUGUUAUUUAGAGAAAAUGACAUUGCCAAGGUUAUGGUGCUAUCAUUUUGUGAUUCCCUGUUUAGAAGACGGCAAGAGAUGGAUGAAGAGAAGAGAGCUGUUUUUCAAUAUAAGACAGGAAAACGACAUAUUUUGAAAGAAUGUAAAGACCUAGAGAAGACCAGGCUUUAUGCCACAUUGCCCCAUUUCACUUUUACUCUACAUGAUGUUAUUCCAAAAGAGUGGCAUAAAGCCUCUGUGAGAUUGAAUUCUCCACCUAGCAGCUGCAGGAACCUCUUCGAAGUGAUCAACCUUCUCCAAUUGAAAACCCUUCAUCCUGAGAAACUUAUCUGUUCAGAAAAUAUAUCUGAUGAAGAGAAUAAGACUACUGACCUAAGUCAGACCGUUUUUGAAAGGCAGUUUCAUUCCUCAAAGCUCAGCCAGGAGAACGGUAGGGAUGAGAGGCAUUGUGUGCUGAGCAGAGGAGAUCUGGUUCCCCAGGGCACAGAGGCGGGAGGCGAAGAAGGGAGUGGAAAAGAGGUUGCCGAAGAAUGUGAUUUACUCCAUGCACAGGAAAUGGUGGGGUUGCCUCUUGGCUCAGUGCUGCUGCACCCCGUGGCGGGGAGCCUGGGGUUGGGAAACUCAGAAAAGGACCCUGGACGCUGCUUUGGAGGAUAGAUUGUAUCAUCCUCACGAGUGCCUGGCUUCCAAGUUUGCCUUGAGGAACCUGCAAAGGGAAGAGGUCAUGGAGGAGUUCUCUCUGGGCGUGUUCAAGGGGCCAGACAGCACAGGCCACGAUCCUGGGUGGCUGGGGAAGGCCAGCACAGGUGGGGGUCCCAGCCCAUGGAAAGCAGAGUGAUGACAGCAAAUGUCCUGGGGCAGCACCCAGCCUCCCUGCAGCUGGGGUUUGGGCUUGGCUGCUGGAAAC